UUAUUUUUAAAAUAAUCUAAACUAGCGAUUCAAACCGUCGAUUUCAUGUAACAAUUAGGAUUAAUGGAUUUUAACAAUCGUAGUGUAGCUCCACCACUCCGCCGCCUACACCUCCACCGCUAAAUUGGCGGGAAACCCCCUUUUCUCUCGGUACUCUACAAAAGCACAAAAUCCCCGUCACUCUCUUGAUGCUGCGAACCCUAACAAUCUCAAGCUGUUCCCCGAUUAGUCUGAACCCUAGUGUAUUGCCCCUACUACUCUCCUUCUCUUCAUCCUCAAUGGCUACGCCGGCGAAAGUGGUGGCAGAAUAUGCCAAGUCCAGCAAGUCGUCCUGCAAGAAAUGCUCAAAGGCGAUCGCAGCGAGCUCUCUCCGGCUGGGCCUGGUAAGUAAAGCCCCGCAAGGCUUCAAUAUGACAAAGUGGCAUCACAUGGAAUGUUUUCCCUUAAGCUCCGACCCCAUUCCCUCUGCCAGUGCCAUCUCCGGAUUCUCGUCUCUUAAGAGCAGUGAUCAAGAGGAUUUGACGAAAUUUAUUAGUGAAGCUACUGUGGAUAAACAGGAGGUUUCAGACAAAGAUGAAAGUGCCAAGAAAGAAAGCAGAAAGAGAAUGAUAACAGAGGGAUUGAAAAAUAGUCCCGACCUACAUUCCCCAAAUUUUAUCCCCAUUGGGGUUCAGGAAACUGAUGGAAGCGAAGGCACUGAGCUAGAAGAAGAUAGGAUAAAAAUAGCAAAGACAUCUGCCUCAAUCAAGGGACCUGAGGUGGAGAUAUCAUUCUCUAUUAUUGAUGUGAAGUCCCAUUACAAGGAUGCCAAAUUAUUACCAAAAUGGAAGGCGUUUCAGACAACAAUAUACCUUGAACAGGAUGAAGGACUUCUUGACUCAGAAAAGAUUGCUGCAUUUGAUUUUGAUGGUUGUCUUGCAAAGACAUCUGUAAAGAGAAUUGGUGCAAAUGCUUGGUCUCUUAUGUACCCUUCAGUACCAGAGAAACUUCAGUGCUUGUAUAAUGAUGGCUAUAAGCUGGUAAUCUUUACCAAUGAAUCCAAUAUAGAGCGCUGGAAGAAUAAGAGACAGACAGCUGUGGACUCUAAAAUUGGUCGACUUGAAGACUUCAUUAAACGCGUGAAGGUCCCAAUUCAGGUCUUCAUUGCAUGUGGCUCAAGUACUGAUCCAGCAGAUCCCUUUCGUAAACCAAAGAUUGGGAUGUGGAAUCUUCUGAAGAAUCACUUCAAUUCUGAACUUCCAGUUGACAUGGAUAAAUCCUUUUAUGUCGGUGAUGCUGCUGGUAGGAAGAAUGAUCAUAGUGAUGCAGACAUUAAAUUUGCAGAGGCCAUUGGACUAAAGUUUUACCUUCCUGAGGAUUUCUUUUCAACUUAGAAAUAUUUUUCACUCAAAAGAGCAGGGGACUGUUAAGGGAAACUGCUGUAGCUUAAUUAUGCCUUCACCCCUUAUGUAUAAAUUGCAAAUACAGUAGUGUAGUAUGGUCUAAACACUAGAGGUAUUUUUCUCUGUCGCAUGAUGUUAGCUGCCUUUUUAUUUAUUACCUUGCUGAGAGUUGCUUUAAUUUUCAAGCACCAGCAAGUAUCAUUUCCUCAA